GUCAAAAUUGUGUUGGUGACAUUUGAAGAAUAUUUGGAGCCAAAUUUCAGUCACACUGAGCACAAACUCAAGCAUUCGAAAGUGAAGAAACAGAUAGCAUAUACCACUUUCACUUUCAAUCAACACUAUAUGGAGAUCGAACUCCCAUGCAAUUAAUUAGUGUUCUUUCAGAUGGAGCAAAGGAAGAGUAAAAGUUUGAUUGACUGCACUAGCGAUAUAUUCGCUAAUGGGAUUCAUUUUGCAGCGCCAAUUUCCUCCUUGAGGACGAGUGAGCUUGAUCUGGUGCGCGGUGUAUUACAAAUGUUGCAAGGAUUUUCCGGUUCACUUUUUAGUUGGGAUUGCAGUGGGAAGAAAUUUUGUGUGAAAAGUGGGAUAUAUGUUUCUCACCUCUCCCGAUCUAGCCUUCUUGCCAUUCUCAAUCAAUUUAUGUAUGCAGCGACUUGUCUUCAGUUGACACAGCUCGUAUUGCAAGAAGUUAAUACAGCUGCAAAGUCAGCUCCUCCUACUUUAAGGGCGUUUGUUACGUCUGUUUCUUCCUGGCUGAAGAGGCUGCGUGAUAUAGCAUUGAAGGAGGAGAUUAAACUUAAUGAUGCUGGCUCUGGAACCACUCCUACUUUAAUGGGUUUAGCUGGCUCUUUAUCGAGGAUUGCUAUCAUCCUACUUCUGUUCCAAAACCCAAUCUUUAUUGGACAUACGCUCUUUGGUGCUGAAUAUUUAUUACAAAUUAUCCACAAAGCCAUUCCCAAAGUAUUCUUUGAAUCCAGUGCUGCAAUUACCCCUGCUGAUUUGGCAGUUCAUGUGCUUGACAACCUUUACAAGAAGCUUGACGAAGUAUGCUUGAUACAAAAUGGUCAGGUUGAGAGAACUGUUGUUGAAGAAACUUACCAAAUGCUGCUUCAUAUAUUUGUUGGAAGUUUAUUGCCUUAUAUUGAGGAACUUGAUUCCUGGGUUUUUGAAGGAAUACUUGAUGAUCCUUUUGAAGAGUUGUUCUUCUAUGCUAAUGAAGCAGUCUCAGUUGAUGAACACGAUUUUUGGGAAAAGAGUUAUUCUUUAAGAUCACUGAGGUUGGAUGGCGAGGUCAAUUUAUCAAUAAAAAAGGAAACAAGUGAAAGAAAAUCCAUUUCUUUGUCUCAUUUGCUGAAGGGAAAAGACCAGUACACUGGAGGCUCAAUAGCAUGCCCCCUGUUUAUGAAGGACAUAGCUAAGUCAAUAGUUGCUGCUGGAAAGUCUUUGCAGCUCAUUCGUCAUGUUUGUGAAACAUCUCCCGCGUCAGAAAAACAAAAUGGUGAAGAGUUUACUGCUAGUGGUGAUUUUGGAGGAAGUUUGGCGAGGCUAUCUUUGUCGGAGCUUUUCUGUGUGUCAUUGGCAGGUUUAAUUGGUGAUGGUGAUCACAUAUCUAGGUACUUCUGGAAACAUGACCAAUAUAAUCUUGAGACAGUUUCCUCCUUCAAGACCCGCACAAACUGUUCUGAAGUAGAAAAUGGCAUUGAUGGGUCAACAUGCAAAGGGAAACAUUGGUUUAGUUUACUGGUAGAUGCAUUGGCGCAGAAAGGAAGUGUCAGUUUGAAGUCUGGACACAAGGAUGUGAAUAAGCCCGUUGGUAAAGGAGAAAAUUAUAUGACACUUGAUAUAAAAAAUUGUUUAUGCUCUUUGGAAUCAUUCCACCCUGAAAAUCCAGUUAUGACAGUGUGCACUGCAAUCCUGAAAGAUAACAUAAAUGAUUGGAAAAGAUUGAACCUCUCUAGAUGUUACAACUUGCCCCCAUUAAACGAUGAGAGUUUAUUUAAGGCAAUAAUAGGUGAUGAGGACACACCCUUUUCUGAAACAAAAGGGACAGAUUUUACUUUUGGUUUUCAGUUUGAUAAAUCCAAACAUGUUCAUUUGCAAAAAGAAGCAAAGCUGAUUGAAACAUUGCUUCCUUUUCCCACACUUCUCCCUGCAUUUCAGGAUGAUCUCCAUAUUUCAGAUCUCUUGCCCUUCCAGAAGAAUAGCACUCUUCCUUCAAGGUUUCUAAGCUGGAUGCAAAAUAUCAUGCCAAGGACAAUGCCACUUACGAUGGUCAUUAUGGAAGAAUGCCUUGUUGUAUAUCUGAGACAGCAGGUGGAUUACAUUGGCAAACACGUUUUAUCAAAGUUGAUGAAUGAAUGGAGAUUGAUGGAUGAGCUAGCUGUCUUACGUGCUAUUUAUUUGCUAGGAUCAGGGGAUCUGCUGCAGCACUUUUUGACUGUAAUUUUCAAUAAACUGGACAAGGGAGAAACGUGGGAUGAUGAUUUUGAGUUGAAUACUAUAUUACAGGAAUCUAUAAGAAACUCUGCCGAUGGUAUGCUAUUAAGUGCUCCUGAAUCUCUGGUGGUGUCUAUUGUCAAAACUAAUUCUUUGGAUGGCGACGAGCAAUCUAAUUUAGCGAAACUACCCUCAACCCCACAUAAAAGCUCUUCACCUUUCUUUGGAAUGGAUGGACUUGAUUCACUUAAAUUUACAUACAAGGUAUCUUGGCCACUUGAGCUUAUUGCCAACACUGAGGCAAUUAAAAAGUAUAACCAGGUGACAGGGUUUUUGUUAAAGGUUAAGCGUGCCAAGUUUGUGCUUGACAAAACUAGGCGUUGGAUGUGGAAGGGUAAAGGAACUCCUAAAAAUAAUAGUAAGCGCCACUGGCUGGUGGAGCAGAAACUCCUUCAUUUUGUGGAUGCCUUUCACCAAUAUGUCAUGGACAGAGUCUAUCAUAGUGCCUGGCGUGAACUCUGUGAAGGUAUGGCUUCUGCACAAUCUUUGGACGGAGUUAUUGAAGUGCAUGAAGCAUACUUGCUGACGAUUCAUAGACAGUGCUUUGUGGUUCCAGAUAAGCUGUGGGCUCUUAUUGCUAGCCGAAUCAAUGUUAUUCUUGGGUUGGCCCUAGAUUUUUACUCCGUGCAGCAGACAUUGAGUAGUGGUGGAGCAGUUUCUGCAAUUAAGCUUCGGUGUGAAAUGGAGGUCGAUCGUAUAGAGAAACAAUUUGAUGACUGCAUUGCUUUCCUUCUCAGAGUCCUGUCAUUCAAGCUAAACGUGGGGCACUUCCCUCACUUGGCAGAUCUGGUUACAAGAAUAAACUAUAGCUACUUUUACAUGUCUGAUAGCGGGAACUUGAGAACUGCCCCAAGCUCUGAAACCGUUUCUUCCAGACUUGGGAAAACAUUUAUGGGAAGAACAGAUUAACUUUUAUCCAUCUUUUUGGUAUUUCCUCUCAAGGCUAGUUAAUCCAAGUGCUUUGAGUUCAUUGUUGGAAUUAGUUGAUGUUUCUAGUAAAUCAGCAUAACCUUCUGUUUUCUGAUGGGAUCGUCGUGUCAAGUAUUUCUGUCAAAACACCUGGACGCCUUCACUGCAAAUUGCUUCAUGGUCAGCUCUUUGAAGUCACCACGUUCUGCAGAGUUUUUUUCUUAACCUGUUCACUCCUUUGGCAUCUCAACAUGGGCAGAUCACUUUUCCAUGAAGGCUGGCGUAACAAUGUACAAAAUUUAACCUAGUUUGAAGUGUUUGUUUUAGUCUCGAUGACUUGGCCAUGGAGUAAGAGAUUCCUCUUCCAUAAUCUAACAAAAGCAAGUUGCAGUGUAUCUCAUCUUCAAGAUCUCUUAUUACUUGGUGAAAUUUAGAAUGGGCUGUAUGUAACUUCCUUUAGUGCCCAGAAUUUUCAUAGCAAAUCUUGCAUUGUUCAACCUAUGAAACAUCCGGAUGAAGCCUGGGAACAUGCUUCCUUGACCUUUAACCUUUUCCUUUUUCCUCUAGCGAUAACUUGUGAAUUACAUGUUCUUCUAGAGCCUUUUACAAUCCAACUUUUUUUUUUGGCCACUUGUAAUUUUGUAAAGCAAACGAGUAUUGGAAAUUUCCAGCAGGCCAUUCUGGAAGUUGUUUAUUUUUUACUAUGGAAAUUUGAAUGUUCUAUUUUAAAAGAUUACGCUUUGUCUAUCAUUUUGGUUCCUUUA